AGCGGGAGGGACUGGCGAGUGGGAGGGGUUUCACUGCAGCAGAGCGGCGGCGGCGGCAGAGGCAGCGGCGGAGCCAGUGCUGGGCUGGGAUGGAGCAGAAGCUCGCCGGGCACCGGAGGGCAGAUCACUGAGUGCGCCCGCUGCCGCGGACCUGAGCCCCGAGCCUUUUGGACUGUGCGCGCAGACGAGAUCGCUCGGGACUAGGGAAGCAACCUGCCUCCCGUGGCCAGUCUCUCUCAGGGGGCGCCUCACUCCACGGAGGAAGAAGAGCUGGAGCUCUGAGAGGAGCCCAGGCCAGAGCUCUAGGGGUACCAUGGUCUGCCACACUUUCUUUACCCUGCUCGUCUUCGCGACAGGUUUAAGAGUACAGAGUCUGCCUAUAUCAACCACCCUUCCUGUUUCUCUUCCGGCAACCACAUCACCUUCAAUCCAGACCAAUCCUCAACAAAAUAUUCUUAAUGUUACCAUCUCCCCCAGUAAUAACACACAGAGUAACUCAUUAUUAACAGUGACAUUGUCAACUGAGAUAACUCCACUUCCUGAAAAUAUAUCAGUAACACCAAGAGACCAAGAGAGCACCAGCAGAAUUUCCAUUCAAGAGUCAACAGUUACUGCUAUUGUUCAGGGGGGAGGAGGAACAGACCAAAACCAGUCCUUGGCCAGCACAUUGCCAACAGGCAGCCAAGACCAGCUUACAACCAGCGUUGCUGGGCUUAGCUCUGCAAUACCAGAGGUCAGUAAUGAUACAGAUACUCUAAGGACAGUUUCCCCUCCUCCAUCAGACACAGAAGCAGUCACUUCAGCUCAGGCGUCAGUCUCACCUUCUUCAUCACCAUCUUGGUUGCCACCAAAGAUAUCUCCAACCAAUGUCGUCACAGACUCCAUUACAGCUGAGAGUACGACCCACCAAGAGAGCAGUGAAGGACCCUUAGGGACUCCCACAGCUACAUCCCCUGGAGCUGACCUCAUUCCCAAUGAGACACCAAUACUUCCUACUUCAUCUGGGCCUGUGACAGAAGAAACAACUUCCCAAGGGACUGUGCCAACAUAUGAGGUGGAAGGGACUGAUGGUAAUACGGUGUCUCCUCGGAUAAUCAUGGAAGAAGUUGAACAUGCAUUAAGUUCAGGAAGCAUCGUAGCCAUUACCGUGACAGUGAUUGCAGUGGUAUUGCUGGUGUUUGGAAUAGCCGCCUAUCUGAAAAUCAGGCAUUCUUCCUACGGAAGGCUGCUGGACGACCAUGACUAUGGAUCCUGGGGUAACUACAACAACCCACUUUAUGAUGACUCCUAACAGAGGAACAUGGAAUGGGACAAGACAUUUAUGUUCUUUAAUUUAAAAGUGCUUAUCCAGUAGCAUUAAUGCUAAUUACCUGAUAUGCAUUCAAUGACAAUCCUGUGGCCUGUUUUGUUGGUUUUAUUGUUUGUUUGGUUUUUAAAAUUUUUUUAUUUUUCUUCUCUUCUGGUUUCUGCUUCCCUUCUCUUUAAACAAACAAACAAACAAACAAAGAGAGCUAUCAUUUUUAGGUGAAUCCAAAUUAAAUCUCAACUGAAUGAGACAACUUGGAUGUUCAGACCACCCUGGCUGCUUUGGAGAAGGGAUGUACUUUGGUGGGGAGUAAGGAUGGCUUUUAUGUGGGAAAUCAUAUUAAAUCUCCAUAAAAGCAAGCCAGAGAAAAUGAUCACUGGAGGACUUUUCAUAUGCAGGGGCUCAUAUUUCUCCGAUUCCUUUUUAAUCUCUGUUUAUCUGGUCCUGGAUCCCAGCUGCAGCUUUGCAGAAAUGGUUGCAGGCUCUUUCGUCUCCUAAUUAAGGAAUGAUCAAAAUAGAAGGCGCAUGAAAGGAGGGAGCCUGCCGAGGGGCAGAAUUAACAAGUGAGUUUCAGAUCCUGACGUGUUCCUUGGUUGUCUGCUUCACAAGGUGUCUCCCAUUAAGGAUGCCAAAGGCAUCCAACUUCCCUUGGAAAAGCCCGUGCACGUGCAAGCUCAUUGAUGGGCCCAGUGAGGGUCCUUUAAGGUGAACUUAGUUCAAGGCAGGAGAGGGAGACAGGUAAGAAUGCCAGCCCAUAUGGCGUUCUGAGAGUAUCUGGAUAUUUGGGUAUGAAAGUCGGGGCAGGGAUGCAGAAAAGGCAGUGUCAGAGAACUCUGGGUAGGCUGUGGCCUACACCUUACCUGAAAGAAUCCACAGAAUCCUCUCCAUGGGUUCCUGAAGUCACUGUCCACAGCCUUCUUGCCUUUCAGUAAACCAAGGUCAACUGCAGAUGCUUCUGAAAGUCAUUUCUUCAACUUCUCAGCUCCACAUCCCUCCAGAUAGGGAGUGUACAGCAGGAUCAGCUCAUUUCUUGUCCCCUAGUUCCUGCAUUCUCUGGGUCCUCUCUUAUUCACCGCAUGGACAAGCCAGGGCAUGAAUUUUAUUUCCUGCAUAAAGAAACUUGAUUAAAUGCCAGCAUCCUUUUAAGGAAGUGGAACUAUUCUAGAACAAUGCUCACUCAGACAAAAUGAGGCCCUUGUAGAUAAAUAGAUUUGUUUGUUUGUUGUUAACAACAGUUAUUGCCCCUUGACAGCUAUAAUCAUCACACUGACCUUUACAACAUUUGAGUAUCCUGGUAAGAUACAAAUAUACUUUGUACUUGUUUUCAAACACGUCAUCACCCCCUCUCCUGUGAUGAGCACAGUCUAAAUUACAUAGAGGAUGAGGAAUCCCAGUUAGGUAUUAUUUCACUCAGUCAACAAGCAUCUAUUAAAGCACUUGCCUUGUGCCAGGCAGUGUGCUAAGCUCCAAAGAUACAAAGAAAGGCAAAAGUCAAUAAAAAUAAAAAACCAGCCCCUGCUCUCAAGGAGCUUGCAAUCGAACCCUUGUGGCUGAUGGAUAACAUGGUUGGUGCACAGUCACUCUGAGCUGUUGGCUCUUCUCCACCUCUCUGGUCUCCCAAAAAUGUUGUACUCUACGCUUAAACAAUGACAAUGGGCACAAUCCCAGUUUAUGUCCUUUCUUCCACCACUGCCCCAAAAUGGAACUGUCCCCUCACCUCUCAGGUGCCAAAAUGGAGUGUUUUCUGCCACUAUAACCCUUCACUGCAAGGGUUUAGUAGGGAUAAAGAAGACAGGAGGCAUUUAUUAGAGAGUAUAGAUGACUCUUUAAAAAGGCAACAGGAGACAAAGAACCUCUGUUUAACAUUUCUCUAUCCUCUAGCUAUCUAACAAUUUUUUAAAAAUACAAAUCCUUUUUCCCAUUUUAUCUUCUCAUCUUUUCAGGAACAAUAGAAACAGUAGUUUUCACAUUACUUGUCAGCCAUGAAGCUUCUUGCAUGUGCUUUGUAGAGUCUUUAAUAGAAAAAGGUAGAAAGGACCAAACAGCCUCUCUGGCCAUAGUCCCUCCUAGUCACUUCUCUACUCCCACCUCUUCCUCUCCAGUCUUCCUUACCCAGCAACCCCCAUUGUUCUAAAUGUGACAUGUUCCUUGAAGACAGCGCCUGUUUCACCUUUGUCUUUAUGUCUCCGCAGCACUGUGCACUGGCACAUAGUAGGUAUUUAAUAAAUUGGUAGUUAGCUGCUUUAUUCAUUGACUCCCAGGGCUCUUGUCCAGUUGAGGAGCAAGGAAGGAAUACCAGAAGCCCACUCUGGGAAACAAAAGACCAUGUUAAAAACAAGGAAAUUCAUUCAAGAUACUCAUAUAGCAUUUUAGCCAGGAGAUGUUAGCUCCUCUGGACGUUGGGUUCUGCCCCUGAAAUUUUAAAUAACCACCAGAGAGUUCAGACUCUGGCUAAGGAAUCAAUCAACAAACAUUUAUUAAGCACUUACUAUAUGCCAAGCACUGGGCUACGCCCUGAGGAGAUCUUUAAAAAGUGAAAAGUAUCUGUUUUCAUUCUAGGGAGAGAGACAAUAUAUACACAGAUAAAUCCAGAGAUGGAAGGCAGCCUUAGAAUAGAGUAUUAGCAGCUAAUAGAACCAGAAAAAAAAUCUCCUACAGGAAAUAGCACUUAAAUGACAUCUUUUUUUUUUUUUAUGUGAGGCAAUUGGGGUUAAGUGACUUGCCCAGGGUCACACAGCUAGUAAGUGUUAAGUGUCUGAGACUGGAUUUGAACUCAGGUACUCCUGACUCCAAGGCCGGUGCUCUAUCCACUGCGCCACCUAGCUGACCCCACUUAAAUUACAUCUUAAAGAAAGCCAGGGAUUCUGACAGUUGGAGGUUGGGAAGAAGAGCAUCCCAGGUAUGGGAUUCCUCCAGUGAAAAGGCUGAAAAAGGAUGGGAGACAGAAUAUAUGUGGCCAGUAUAUUUGGACCAUAGAGUAUAUGGAGGGGAGUAAUGUGUUAGAUGACUGGAAAAAUAGGAAGGGGCCAUGUUGGAAAGAGGUUUGGACGUCAAAUAAAGAAGUCUAGGGGCAGCUAGAUGGUGUAGUGGAUAAAGCACCGGCCCUGGAUUCAGGAGGACCUGAGCUCAAAUCCGGCCUCAGACACCUAACACUUACUAGCUGUGUGACCCUGGGCAAGUCACUUAACCCCACUUGCCUCACCAAAAAAAAUUUUUUUUAAUUAAAAAAAAAUUUUUAAAUAGAAGUCUAUAUUUGAUCAGAGUCAUGAGAAAGUCAUUUUGAACUUAAAGAAAAUCAUUCCGGCAGCUGUUAUGGAUAAUGGAUUGGAAUGGGAAGAGACUUGAAACAGGGAAACAAAUGACUCUAAAGUCCAGAUGAAAGGCAAUGAGGGUCCAACUUAUUCUGGAGGCUAUGUUAGUGGAGAGAAGGGAAUAUAUGUGACUGGCAGAGAGAAACAAAUGACUAUAUUUGGCAAUUCAUUGGAUAUGAGGGAGGAAUUUAAAAUAACACUGAGAUUGAGAACCUGAGGGACCAGAAGGAUAAUGGUGGCCUUCACAAUAAUAGAGAAGUUCAAAAGCUGGAUAGUUUUAUGAGGGGAUAAUGAAUUCUUUUUUGAACAUGUUGAGAUACAAAUGUUGAAUUCAUAGGAACAGUAACAAUUCAUGUCAAUAGGAUUCAGGAAGCAUCUGUUUUUUUUUUAACCAAAGAGUUGUUUAUGCUGGGUCCCAACUGUAUCCCAUAUUAGUCAGUCCAUCAGUCAAUCAUUUUUAAGCACCUACUAUGUGCUAAACAUUGGGGAUACAAAGAAAAGUGAAAGUCAAUUCCUGCUUUUAAGAAACUCACAGAAAAAAAGGGAUGAGAAAACAUGCAAACUGGUGACAGUCAGCAGAGGAAGGUACUAGCAUUGAGGAGCACUGGGAAUGACUUCUUGGAGAAGAUGAUGUUUUAGCUGAGACUUGAAGGAAGCCAGGGAAAUUGGCUGCUCAGACUGAGAUGUCCUAAUCACAAGGGAGGAUCUUACACCAAUGGGCCUGGAGGUAGAGACAUAGACCUCAGACUGAAUGACUACUCAGAAAAAUCCUAAUAAUAAUUUUUCCUAUAUGUAAUAUAGGAUAAUUUGAUCAUAAAGAAUCUCAUCGGGGCAGCUAGGUGGCUCAAUGGAUAAAGCAUUGGAUAAAGGACCUGAGUUCAAAUCUAGCCUCAGACACUUGACACUUACUAGCUGUGUGACCCUGGGCAAGUCACUUAACCGUCAUUGCCCUGCCAAAAAAAAAAGUCCAGUCCCUUAAAAGAAAAGACUUUCAUCACUAUUGGUGUGACUUAAGUCAUCUCACCAAAGAAAUGAAGCCAAUUGAUAUGACUGGUUUAGGGAAACAGACUUUUAACUUCUCUUCACCAUCAGGAGAACAUUACCAGUGCAACUGGGUGAUAAAUAGUACAAACCAUGAAGGAAAUAAUUUGCAUGAAAUGUCAUGCUGUUUAUUAAACAGGCAGACAGGCUGACCUGCCUAGAUCAUUGAGACAGACAUAGGAGAAAUGGGUGCCAUUUUGUGAGACAUUCUAUGUGACUCUGCAUAAGUUGACCACACUCAAUGUAUUUUUGCUUAUUUAUCCAUACAAUGGAGGUGAUGCUCAUCUCCAAUCCUCCCAUCACCUCCUCUCUCACAGAUAAAUUAUGAGGUGAAUGAGGUCACAUCUGCAAUGUGUUUGUAGCCUCUGGAAAAAAUGACUAUAAAUAUUAAGUAUUAUGUAGGCGUGUAAGUGAUUUUAGUAUCUCAAUUGCUGAUAUAUGAAUCUCUUGUUCCUACUUCCAAAUGCAAAAGUAUAGCUAUAUCCUGGCAUCAUCCAAGAGACAUCAUGACUAUGUCCUACCCUCAUAAAGUAGAUUGCUGGGGUACCACUUCUGGGCACUGACAGCCUACAACCUUGAAUUCCAGUCUCUAGCUUCAAAUGGAAGUGUAACCUCAUUGAACAUAAUCAACAUGGGUUGUCAGGUAGUAUUUCAGGGUCCAGGGAUACUGAAAUAGUACAGCAAGGAAGCCUAAAUUCCAAAGACAGACACAAACAUCCCAUCUUCUGCCUAGUCCUUGUUGGGAUUUCUUUGGAUUCCACGUCACCUGUUUGUCCUUCAUCAUUCUUGCACAGUUGCAUGACUCAAUCCUUUUUCUCUCGGAAGAGAGCACAGAUCCUAGCUGGACCAGAUGCUAAUUUGUACAAUAAUUCACCUUCUUUGCCUUUGUCAAAUGAAUGUAUCACUCACACCUUGCUUUUAAAAGUAGUGGUUGUAAUGGAUGAUGGAUAGAACCAAAUAAAUUUUUUUAAAUGGUUUACUUUUCUUGGGGGUGGGAAAAACUGUCCUUGCAAGCUGGGAAUGCAAGUGGGCAAAUUGAUUGGAUAUUUAAUGUCAUUGUAACCACAUUUGUCAUAAGACAUCCCACAUACCAAUUAUCUUACCUAUUAAAGUUGUUUUAAGUG